CCCUUCUCCUGAUUCAGCCCCACCGAGGCCCCUCUGGGGAUUGUCCCAAGGCACAGAAUCCCAGACUGAUUGAGCUGGACUGGCUCUCAAGCUUGGCUGCGUAUCAACCAUCCUGGAAGCUAGUUAGAAGUGCAAACUCCCGGCCAUGCGAGAACUUGCUCUCCACAAGUCCCCAGGGGAUUCUGAGGAUCCACCAGCCUUGGAAACCAGUGGCCCAGGGCACCUCACACAUCUUAAAGUUCUAGGGCUCUAAAGGCCAUGAGCAUGAUGCUUCGGGUCCUGGUGGGGGCUGUCCUCCCCGCCGUGCUGCUGGCUGCGCCACCACCUAUCAACAAGCUGGCAUUGUUCCCGGACAAGAGUGCCUGGUGCGAGGCCAAGAACAUCACCCAGAUUGUGGGCCACAGCGGCUGUGAGGCCAAGUCCAUCCAGAACAGGGCGUGUCUAGGACAGUGCUUCAGCUACAGUGUUCCCAACACCUUCCCGCAGUCGACAGAGUCCCUGGUGCACUGUGACUCCUGCAUGCCAGCCCAGUCCAUGUGGGAGAUUGUAACCUUGGAGUGCCCCGGCCACGAGGAGGUGCCCAGGGUGGACAAGCUGGUGGAGAAGAUCCUGCACUGCAGCUGCCAGGCGUGUGGCAAGGAGCCUAGUCACGAGGGGCUGAGUGUCUACGUGCAGGGCGAGGAUGGGCCAGGCUCCCAGCCGGGCACCCAUCCCCACCCCCAUCCUCACCCCCACCCUGGCGGGCAGACCCCUGAGCCUGAGGAAUCUCCUGGGGUCCCCCACGCCGAGGAAGAGGGGGCCGAGGACUGAGGCCCCUGUCUGUACCUCCCCUCUCGUCCCCCGUGGAAUGCUGGGAGAAGAGUGGGGGGAGAGGCUAAAGCCCCCCUUUGGCACUGGAUGGACUUGGAUUCAGACUUGGACUUGGAAUGCUUCCCAGUUGCCAUGGAGAUCUGAAGGGAGGGGUUAGAGCCAAGCUGCACAAUUUAAUAUAUUCAAGAGUGGGGGGAGGAAGCAGAGGUCUUCAGGGUUCUUUUUCAGAGGGGGGGCGGUUUCUUCCUUUCUGCCUCCUGGAGAUGUGCCUUUGGGAGGGGGAGGAAGUUGGCUAAGCUGCUGAGGUGGGGGUGAGGCCAUUCAAGAUGGCGGGAGCCAGGCUAAGUCCCUGGCAGCCUCUGGUGGGGCAGGGCCCCUGGGGUGCAGACGGUGGAGUGGGGCCCUGGGCUGAGGGUGGGUACCGGGUCCGGGCCAGGAAGACCAUCCAGCAGAAGCAGGAAGCUCAGGCCUACAGGCUUUCUCAAAGGCCUCUCACCUCACUCCACCCCAGGCAGCUUCUCCCAGUGGCACUGAGGUGGCCCUCUCUAUACAUGCAUGGUUGGGAGUCAGGCCUGGGCAGGACCCUGCUGACUCAUGGCCCUGGAGCUGGGGGUUGGGGUAGGCUCUUUAGGCCUCUGGCUUCCUUGGCUUCCAGGGGGUGGAGGGAGGUGAGGGAGGAGCCUUUCUGGGCCAGGGGGUGGGAAUGACCCCCAGACCAUGGCCACCGGAGCGCAUCCCUCCCUCUUCUCUGAGAUCUUGGUGCCUCCUGCUGCUCCCCACGUUCUGGGCUCCUCAGCUGAUGGAGCCAGCCUUACUUUGUAGGGGGAACUCUCUAAAUGUCCAAUGGUGGGGAGAGGUCUCCCUUACUCAGAUCCCAACAAGAGUCCUGAGUGGGAUGGACUCUGGCUGAGCCUCAAGAAACAAGGAAGAGGCGGGGCGAGGGCUCCUGUGGGCAGCCAUGUCCACUGCAGCUCUCUGGCUGCCCCAUCGCACUAGCCUCGCCACUCCCAGCUGCACUUUAACCCUAGAGGGGGUAGGGGGACUGGACGGGGCGGGGCAGGGCAGGUGGGCAAGGAAGAACUCCACAUCAGUACCCAGAACUGCCUGUGUCUGCUCAUCUGUCCCCAGAGUGGGUAUCAGCCCCACCAGCACCCUGCCUGGGGGUGCCCCAACCCUCACGGCUGUUCUGACAAGAGCUUCUGGAGCUUGUAACCAGUAGGUUGUCUCCCUGACAGAUCCUGAAUUUUCUCAUGAAUAAAUUUGUUCAAUGGC